CAGACAAGCACCCUGUAAAGACUGCCAGGCAAUAAUGAAGGUUCUUUUACUGGAAGACCCUAAGGAGGACGACUGUGGCCAGGAUCCCUACAUCAGGGAAUUAGGAUUAUAUGGACUUGAAGCCACUUUGAUCCCUGUUUUAUCAUUUGAGUUUUUGUCUCUUCCCGGUUUUUCGGAGAAGCUGUCUCACCCUGAAGGUUACGGGGGCCUCAUUUUUACCAGCCCCAGAGCAGUGGAAGCAGUGUAACUGUGUUUGGAGAAAGACAAUAAAACCGAAGUCUGGAGAAAGUCUGUGAAAGAAAAAUGGAAUGCUAAGUCAGUGUAUGUGGUGGGAAAUGCUACUGCUUCUCUAGUGAAUAAAAUUGGCCUGCAUACAGAAGGAGAAAACUGUGGAAAUGCAGAAAAGCUUGCAGAGUGCAUUUGUUCUAGGGAGUCGUCAGCACUGCCUCUUCUGUUUCCCUGCGGAACCCUCAAAAGAGAAAUCCUGCCGAAAAUGCUCAAGGACAAAGGGAUUCCCGGGGAGAGCUUAACCGUCUACCAGAUGAUCCCACACCCAGGAAUCCAGGGGAACAUCAACAGCUACUAUUCCCAGCAGGGCAUUCCAGCCAGCAUCACGUUUUUCAGACCCUCUGGCGUGACACACAGUCUCAAGCAUAUUCAAGAGUUAUCUGGUGACAACAUUGACCAGAUUAAGGUGCGGCUCACAGCACCCCUGGGGGGGUCAGGACUGUCUCAGUUGUAUAGACACUUACGGCCCCUCCCUCCACCCCGGUUGGCACGCUCACUCCGGUCGGUGCCCAGGGACGGAGCACGGGCAUCAGCACUGGGCUGUCCGGGGCACUGCUCUGGGACACUGUCUGCAGCCUGGGUCCAGCCCUGCAGGAAGGUUCCAUUGGCCCAGCCAGACCCGUGGUGGUGA